AUGUCUGGAUUGUCGGAUGACAAGGAAUGUUCUCCAUAUGCAGCUCACUUGUACGACGCUGAGGAUCCCUCCACCCCCGUGCGGACGAUACCAGGACUUUGCCAAGACUAUUGCCUGCAAGUGUGGCAAAAAUGCCGCUCCAUUUUUCGCUAUCUCUCUGCAGACCAAGAGUUAAUUGCACUGGAGAACAACAUGGCAAAAUUCUGCCGCUACCUGUCCUUGGAGGACACAGACUACUGUUUUCCACACCUGCUGACUAACCAGAACCUUAACCAAAACCUGGGGUUAGUGACCGCCGACACGGAGGGCUGUCUCCAGCUCUGCCUCAUGGAGGUCGCCAACGGGCUGCGCAAUCCCGUUGCGAUGGUGCACGCCAACGAUGGCACCCACAGGUUCUUCAUUGCGGAGCAGGUUGGCCUGGUGUGGACCUACCUCCCCGAUCGAUCCAGGCUCGAAAAGCCAUUUCUGAACAUCAGCGAAGCCGUACUUACCUCACCUUGGGAAGGAGAUGAGAGAGGUUUUCUAGGUAUUGUCUUCCAUCCUAAAUUCAAAUUUAAUGGUAAAGUGUAUGUCUACUAUUCAGUUGAAGUUCGUUAUGAAGAGAGAAUCCGAAUCAGUGAGUUCAGAAUUUCUCCUGCUGACAUGAAUGCUUUGGACCAUGGUUCCGAAAGGAUAAUCCUGGAAAUAGAAGAACCUGCUUCCAACCAUAAUGGAGGAGAGCUGCUCUUUGGAGAUGAUGGGUAUCUCUAUAUAUUUACUGGAGACGGAGGCAUGGCUGGGGAUCCUUUUGGGACCUUUGGAAACGCCCAGAACAAAUCAACCCUGCUGGGCAAAGUGCUGCGGAUUGAUGUGAACCACAAUGACCGCGGGCCUCUGUACCGAAUCCCUCCUGACAACCCAUUUCUCAAUGAUCCCAAGGCUCGACCCGAAAUUUAUGCAUACGGAGUGAGAAAUAUGUGGCGCUGCUCUUUCGAUAGGGGCGAGCCUCGCACCAAGGAAGGGAAAGGGCGGCUCUUCUGUGGAGACGUGGGGCAGAAUAAAUACGAAGAAAUCGACAUCGUCGAGAAAGGGAAAAAUUACGGCUGGAGGGCGAGGGAAGGGUUCAGCUGCUACGAUAAAAAACUUUGCACCAAUUCUUCAAUAGAUGAUGUGCUUCCAAUUUACGCGUAUCCACACAAAAUGGGGAAAUCCGUUACGGGAGGCUACGUCUAUCGGGGUUGCGAGUCUCCAAACUUGAAUGGCCUGUACAUAUUUGGUGAUUUCAUGAGUGGGCGCCUGAUGUCUUUGAAGGAGAAUCGUGCUACCGGAGAAUGGCAGUACAGUGAAAUCUGCAUGGGGACGGGACAAACAUGCAUGUUCCCUGGGCUUAUCAAUAACUACUAUCAAUACAUCAUCUCUUUUGCUGAAGAUGAAGCAGGGGAACUUUACUUCAUGUCUACCGGCAUACCAAGCGCCACGGCUCCCCAUGGAGUGGUGUACAAAGUGGUGGACACCUCUAGGAGAGCACCACCAGGAAAAUGCCGAGUUGAGCCAUCGCCAGUGAAAGUAAAAAGCAAGCGCAUCCAAUUUGUGCCAAAGGAGAAGCUUAUUGUGAAAACACCAACGCCACGUCCCCGUCUGAAGGCCACGACCGAGGCCCCAUGGGGAGGCAGGCCAGACCCCGAAACCCCCCGCGUGCCAGCUGUGGACUGGGUGGGCCAAGCCCCGCCGCCGCCGGGGAACCGAAGCAGGACACCCACCACCCCAGCGCCAAGCGGCAGGGCCUCCAAGCCCAGGAAGGGAGGAGAGAGGAGGGGGCAGCGCAGGAAGAAGAAACCCCCCGGCACGGCUGCACCGCCGCGGAACGGCGCCGUGCGGCUGAUGGAGCAGCGGGGCCGCGGCCGGAGCCGGGGCCGGGUGGAGAUUUACAUUGACGGCGAGUGGGGCACGGUAUGCGAUGAUGGCUGGAGCUCGGCCGCCGCCGCCGUGGUGUGCCGCCAGCUGGGCUUCCCCUACGUGGUGCGGGCCAGCAAGAAGGCAGAAUUUGGGGAAGGGACCUCCCUUCGCAUUCUCCUGGAUGAUGUCCAGUGCUCCGGGCAGGAGAAGACACUGCUGGAGUGUGACCACGCUGACGUCGGCACACACAACUGCUCCCACGAGGAGGAUGCCGGCGUGGUGUGCAGCUGGGAGGAGGUGGCAGACUGA